AUAACAUCGGAGCCUUUAGUUCAAUGACAGUCUGUUAGAUCAACACCUCUUCAAUAAUCAGUUAUGUACAAUGAAGUUGCUUUUUACAUGUAUAUGUCAGUAUUUCUCUCCGAGCGUAACGAUACACAUGCAUUUGUUGGUAGAUUGUACCUCGGUAUGUGCCAUCUGUACGAAAACCUAGUUACAUAAACACAUGUACGCCGACGUAUGACAAGGUCCAAAACCUAAAAGUUCCAUGGACCACGUGAAGAAGCGCUAGACUAUCAUGACGUUAGAUCAGCCAUAGUUCAAAGCCGUAGUUUGAUGUGCCGAACCACCGACGUGAACAGGGGUUUCUUGGGGUAGGCUCAAAAGAGAGGCGCCUUUUACGGACGUCCGCGGUAGCUCUCCCAACAUGGCCUAUUUUGAUUACCCUUCACGAGAUAGUGUCGGUCUCAAUACUUUACAUUUGGCCCUCGCCCGUCCUUCAACCUAGGAAUUUCGACAAUGACAGUUGCAACCACACAAGAUGGUAUACGGGAGGCCGCAUACCAGUUGCAUCUAAUCGUUGUUGGUGCCGGUCUGGCGGGGUUAGCUGCUGCUAUCAGCACUCGACUCGAAGGCCAUCGCGUCACGGUUUUAGAGAAAGCGCCGAUGCUACAAGAGGUUGGUGCUGGACUACAGGUGACCCCCAACGCGACUCGUCUCUUCCGCCACUGGGGGGUUUAUGAUGAGCUCGAGAGCAAAGCUGCGAUCCCAUCCUACCUAGCCGUCAGAAGAUAUGACGGGACGCAGCUGUUAGCUUACGAGGACCAGUUUCAGGAGAAAAUGCUCCACCGAUGGGGCGCCCCGUUUUGGGACGUUCACAGGGUUGAUUUGCACACGAUCCUUGUGCGUCGCGCCAGGGCCCUGGGGAUUCCUGUGGAAGUUGGUUGUGAAGUGAGUGAUGUUGAUUUCGGCCAGGCGAUCGUCACUUCGCAAGACGGGAGGACGUUCCAUGGCGACGUGAUACUCGGUGCAGAUGGUCUCUGGUCGCGGACAAGGGACCUCAUGCUAAACCGACAAAUCUCCCCUAAGCCCACUGGGGAUUUAGCUUACAGAAUCGUAUUAGACCUUAAGGAUAUUCAAGACCCAGAACUCAAGGAGCUCGUAUCAAAACCUUCUGUCAAUUUCUGGAUUGGUCCGAAAUCACAUGUAGUCGGGUACUCGGUGAGACAAGGCCUCACAUACAACCUUGUUUUAUUGCGGCCAGACGAUCUGCCUGUGGGUAUUAGCCGAGCUGCCGCAGACGUGGAAGAGAUGCGAGCGGCCUUCAAACAAUGGGAUCCCAUCUUGUCCAGAUUGCUUGCUUGCGUAAAUAAGGUGGACAAAUGGCGAUUAAUGCAUCUCUCUCCCCUCGUGAAUUGGGGGCACAAAGAGGGCAAAUUCGUCUUGGCCGGUGACGCUUGUCAUCCGAUGCUGCCAUAUCUUGCACAGGGUGCAAAUUCCUCCUUAGAAGACGGUGCCGUCCUUGGUCGCUUGCUGGGCCAUGUAACCGGCCCGAACGAGAUAGCACCAACUCUACAGCUAUACGAAAAAGUCCGAAAGACUCGAGGCGAAGGCAUUGCCAAAGAAGCCCUCUUCCAGAGGGCUUCAUUCCAUCUCGAAGAUGGUCCUUCACAACAGCAAAGGGACAAAAUCUUCUUAGAUUCCCUCGGAAAAGAGCCACGGGCACCUUUCCCUAGUCGCUGGACAUGUCCUAGGAUACAGGCAUGGCUAUAUGGAUACGACGCUUUAGCCGAGGCCGACAAUGCAAGACAAGCUCAGAGACAGUUAUAGGCUGUGAAAGGUAUUGAAGCCAACAAUACUUGCUUGAAUCUCGGUCGAGGAGCAUAAGUGUUAUGACCUUAUAUCUAACGACCUGUUAUUUAUAACAUCCGCUAUAGCGCAGCUCGGAUAUAACGCCUCAAUAGGGCCGAGGUGACAUGGAGGGAUGGAUUAGCUUGUGAGAUAGGUACAUAGUUAAAUAACUUUAGUCUAUAAAAUGAUGUAUAAACUGAUAUGCAAACCGGAGAUUUAGUGAUCACCACAGAGAAUUCCUAACAGUUGAUGCUCG